UUUGUUUAUUUAUGUGUAAAGUGGAUAUUAUACAUUUGAUUUAAAAUUUUAUGUUUUUCAUUUUUCAAGUGAUUGUAUAGUAUAUUUUAAUGUAAGCAAAGCAAGUUGGCCCUUUAGUAGUUUGAUAAAACAGGAUUGUAUCUAGCGUUGGAAAAGACUAAAACUGAUUAGUUAAAGCAUGGAUUGCCUUUUAAUAUUCAAUCAUUUAAAUGAUUUAGUAUUUGCCAAGUAUAAUUUGAAGUUGGCAGACCAUAUUAAAAGCUUGGCCUUAAAUUAUGGUUUAAUAUCUAAGGAAGAAGCUAAUAGUCCCGUGGAUAAAAAUGUUUUUAUCCAAAUAUUCUCGCCGAUAGUGUCAUCUCACAGAAUCAUGAAUUUCCAGUUUGGAAACUCUUACACAACAAUUGAAUUCGGCGAAAAAAUGAAACUGUGCUUUAUUGAGUAUAUGGGCUACCUUUUUAUGGCUAUUACGGACAGACUAUUUGAUGGGUUAAUUAAUAUCUAUGUGAGUUUUGCAAGAUACUUGUGCGGACCAGAUAUUAACCAAUUGAAAUUGGAUAAACGUAAAAGUGACCUCUAUGCUACAAUUAUAGAUCAGUGGCAGAUGCUUCAUAACAGUGAGCAAGCUGUACUUGUUGAAGCAGUAGAACAACUGUUAGUAAAUAGUGAAAUAACUGCAGCUUGUUUACAAAGUCUUAAAGAAUCUGUAUCUAAAGUAAACGUUCAUCCAGAAAGCUCAAAAGUUCAUGGUGUCCUAAUUGUUGAUAACAAGCUUUUAUCACUUUAUUCAAGCCCCAGUGCCAGGCCUUUGUCCUCAGUUGAUAUUUUAUUCACGAUAAUAUUAACACACUGUUAUAAUAAAAGUUUAGAAGUCAUUCAAAGUUUCGCAGUGUAUCUGGCAGGACCAGAGCCUGAGCCGAAAUGUUUGCCGCAUUCAGUACAUAUUUUGGAAAUUUUCGAAAACACGUUUCUGGUGUAUCUUGUUGAAGUUGGCGAUUCUACAGUGUCAGCCGCUUUAUAUGAAACAUUUUAUCAUCUACACAAGUUAAGAUUUAUUCAAGUUCAAAGAGAAGUUGAAUCUAUUCAGCUUGGUUAUGAAAAUUUGACUCUUGCUAUGAAAAAAUUAAACGAUGGAUUAAAAAAGUGUAAGAUCAAAUCCGUUGAGUCACCGCAUAGACAGAUUAUGAAGAAAUGGGAUGUACUUAAGGAAAAAUAUAAGGAAUAUUUAAGAACGACCUCAGAUGAACCAAUACUAAGAGCAGAAACUCUCGCCCUAAGCUUCUUAGAUAAUCUAAAAAAUAUUUAUAGUAUAUCUUUAAGUGAUGAGCUGACAUUAAAAACCAGUGCUGCACAUAUUGAACCAGCUAUACCUAAACUAAAAGAUAAUUUGGCAAUAUUUAAAGACUUUUUUAUUGCAAAAGGAAUCAAGAAUUUUACACUUGGAUCAAGAUAUUUCCUAACGAUAAACAAGUAUCUGGAAGAUUUCCCUGGACUGGUCCAUUUCUUACACGUGGAUCGUAAUACGCAUCGAGUGACGACACCUUGUUUGGAUAUGCAAGCUGAAAAGGCUCAAUACAUACAAGAAAAAAUCUGGUUUAUGUUUCGACUGGCUCGCUCUCAUCUGCAAGAAGGCAAUACUACUGUUAUUUGGAAAGAUAAAAUGUUUACUUAUGGAUAUUUUCUUUGGUUCGAAAACAGCAGUGGAGAAGCACUGAAAAUUCCAGUCGUGGGUCCUAUGAGCGACAAGUGUCCGGGUAUAUUAACUGAAGACUUUUAUGUGAAGCUUAAAACCAGCUGCUUUCCAAAAAUGUCUACAUCAAAAGUGCGAAUUUAUGAACUUUAUGUGAUGCAUUUAGGACUAGUAACCGCCGCCUCAAUCCUUGAGCAAGCAAAAAAACUGGCAGCCACAAUAUGGGAUCUUAAAGGUUUCCCAACACAUGCUAUUGAUUUAUUAUAAAAAAAGGGAGUAUGUAUUUACCAUGUAGAUUAGGAAAAUAUACAUAUGAGGCAUUAAAUUA